ACAAUUCCCAGAUCUAAUUCAUCUUCUCUCUACAGUUUCGCUCAAUUGCUCUUUUUUUUCCUCCUUGUCUAACUCUCCAUCGAUAUUAUGUGUAACCCAACAAUUCCAUCUUUCAUGAUUUCAUUCUCCAAAUUGAAAUUACUUGGUACAUUUCAGCUUCUGAUCUCUUGUUUCUUCCAUAAUUUCAGAAAUCAUAAAAUUGCAAAGCACAAGAUGUAAAACCCUUCCAUCCACUCUCUUCCUUCUCCUAAAAUUUCAGAAAAAUUGCAGAGCGUGACAACAAAUUUCUUAUAUCCACUUAUCCCUUUUUCGAUUUAUGGGCGUUGGGGAUUUCUUAUAGCCACCGCCCAAACUUGAAAUCAAUCAAAAAAAUUUGAUGCGGGGUGAUAUCUCCCGCAUCAAAUAUCAAUAGAUCUCUACCAAAUCAAUCUUUUAAUAAAAGAAGGGCAAAAGGGCAUAAAAAAUUGGUACCAACCAAGAUUCCUUACAGUUGAAAAACGCAAUCAAAUUUUGCAUUUCUGCAACGGAGAAUGGAGAAAAUGAAAUUCGCGGAGGAGUUAGUGAGAGAAUUCCUCGUGUUUAGAGGAUUUACCAACACUCUGCAAUCCUUCGAGAAAGAGCUAGCAACUGAUAUCGGCAAAGGAUUUCAAGUCGACAAGAUUUUAGACCUAAUUUUCUCCGUCUACAUCCCCAAGUUCGAGGCUGGGAAGUUGAUCGAGCUGCUCAGCUUUUUCCGAAACUGCUUUUCAUAUUCUGAUCCCAAUCUGAUCGAUGUUAUUUCAAAAUUGCACCAGUCGAUUCUGCGCUAUUACGUCGUUUAUGCCUUGAAAUGUGGAAGGAAAGACGCUGUGUUGGAGCUUUUCAGAGAUUUUGGGAAUGAAUUGAUGCGGGGAGAUGAAAGCUGGACUUCCUGGUUCGCUGUUCCGUAUUUCCAGAAUCCGCAUUUGGAACCGCAGUUUCGCGUUUACUUCUCGGACGAGUGGUUCCGCACGUUGCACCUUUCUGUUAGGAACUUCUUGAGCGAGAUGCUCAAUGGUACUCGUACCCCUGCCUUAUUAAAGAUCGGUUCUGAAAGAGACACUGUGAACCGUCUCAAACAAGAGAUAAAGCAACUUUCUCUCAAGUUAUCUCAAGCUCAGAUUCUGCUGGAAGAAACUGAGGCGCAAAUAUGUCUAUUUAGGAGCUCUGAAGCUGCUAGCAUUGCACCUAGUAUGACUUAUGAAACUCAUGAUAGUUUAAAUGAACUUGCUGAUGACAAUAGAAGUAAUGAUAUUGGACAAGGUUUCAAAGAAAACUCUGCUGCAGGCAGUAGUUUUGAUUUGCGUAAUGAAGAAGAUUUUCCAGAAGUGAAAACAGUGUUUGAGGAUACAUUCCUGGGCCACACAAGUCCAAUCAAUUGUAGCCGCUUUUCUGCUUCUGGCGAUAAUAUAGCGAGUGCUUCUGUGGAUGGCACAGUCAGGAUAUGGACCUAUGAUUCGUCAGCACCAACAUCAAGAAACGCAACCAUCUACUGUGGAGCUGAGAUCAUGUCUCUUGAGUGGGAUUGCAAAUCUGAUCGUUUGCUACUCAUAGGCACUUCUGAUGGAGGCAUAAAAGCAUGGAACGCAGAUGCUAAGCGAGUUGUUUGUGACCUAAACACUUCAGAAGCAUAUCCGAGCAUUUUGGACCUGAAAUGCAGUCCCGUGGAGCCUAUUUUUGUUUCUGCGGCAGCAUCAGGGAGGCAAGGUUCUGUUUCUUCUGAUAGCUUGGGGUUUGCCUCAUUGACUGUGUGGAACAUGAGGACAUGGAAGGCUAUGACAGUCCUUCCUCUUGGAAAAGAUCCACCAGCAAUAACCUCAUCGAGCUUCAAUCACAAUGGAAAGCUUUUAGCAGCUGCUGCAACAGAUGGCUUGAUUCAUAUGUUUGAUAUGUCUUCUUACCAACAAGUUACUGGAUGGCCUGCACAUGAUGGCGGAAUUAGCUCAAUUCUUUUUGGGCCCGACGAGACCAGUAUCUUUAGCUUGGGAACUGAUGGAAAUAUAUUUGAGUGGAGCUUGCACAAUCAAGGCAAAGUACUUUGGUCAAGAAAUUGCAGCAGGUUAUGCAAUCUUGAAAAUUCUUCCCAGUGGAGACAUCAAAUGGCAUUAGAUUCCGAGGGGAGGAGACUUCUGGUGACAUCUAGUUCAGAAAGAGCACCGAUAUACCAGGUUCGUGGUCGAACGAGUGGCAUGAGAAGUCUUGCUCAUAAGGGCUCGAUCACAACUGUAGAUUGGCAUCCACACUUGCCCAUCUUCUUGACUGGGUCAUCUGAUCACUCUGUCAGGGUCACAUCAAUAUCAUCAUAGUACUUAUUUCUUUCUCUUUUUUGAUACUUAGCAAUACACAGUAUAGACAUAUUAAUAAUAUUUGAUUAAAAAAUUUGUGACAAUCCAUAAUGUGACUACAUAGUUUUAUUCUUUGAGAGAAGUUACAGAAACCAAUGUCCUGAGAAGCAAAAUUUGAGGGUAUAUAUUUUGAUUCAAUUA